AUUUUAGUGGGAGGUCCGUGUUCACACUACCACUGUCACUUACACGCGCUUGACAGACAGGUGUGCGUCGCCAGGAGCGCACGGCCACCGUCUUGCUGGAGACAUCCUGUAUUCUGUAAUUCGUAAAUCAGUAAACCGGCCAUCAUGUUGUGGACAGCUAACCAGUUCGUUAGGAAAUUUUCCACAAGCACCGCGUACUUCCAAAACAAACUGAGGCUCGCUCUGAUUGGCCAGAGCCUUUUCGGACAGGAAGUUUACACCAACCUGCGGAAGCAAGGCCACAAGGUGGUGGGCGUGUUCACCGUUCCGGAUAAGGACGGGAAGGCAGACCCGCUGGCUGUGGUGGCAGAGAAGGACGGCACGCCCGUGUUUAAGUUCCCGCGCUGGCGCCUGAAGGGCAAGCCCAUCCCGGAGGUGGUGGAGGCCUACAAGGCGGUGGGGGCUGAGCUCAACGUCAUGCCCUUCUGCAGCCAGUUCAUCCCCAUGAACGUCAUCGAUCACCCGACCCACGGCUCCAUCAUCUACCAUCCCUCUAUCCUGCCCCUGCACCGCGGGGCCUCCGCCAUCAACUGGACGCUCAUCCAGGGGGACAAGAAGGCGGGGUUCUCCGUCUUCUGGGCGGACGACGGGCUGGACACCGGGCCCGUCCUGCUCCAGAGGGAGUGUCCGGUGGAGCCCAACGACACCGUGGACUCCCUGUACAACCGCUUCCUGUUCCCAGAGGGCAUCAAGGCCAUGGUGGAGGCGGUGCAGCUGAUAGCAGAUGGGAAGGCCCCACGCAUCCCGCAGACAGAGGAGGGGGCGAGCUACGAGGGGAUACAGAAGAGGUCCAACGCCAAGGUCAACCUCGCACAGCCUGCGGCGGUUAUCCACAACUGGAUCCGCGGCCAUGACAAGGUGCCUGGGGCCUGGACCGUCAUCAACGGAGAGCCCGUGACCCUGUACGGGUCGUCCAUGCUGAGCGGAGGUGUUCCUGCAGGCCAGCCUCUGGCGAUCGAGGGGGCGUCUAAACCGGGCCUCAUCACCAGCACCGGUCUGGUCCUGUUCGGGUCCGACGACAAAACGCUCCUGGUGAAGAACCUGCAGUUUGAGGAUGGGAAGAUGAUCCCAGCGUCCAAGUACUUCUCCACGGGCGAGACUGCCAGCGUGGAGCUGACAGACGAAGAGAAGAAGAUGGCGGAAGAGAUAAAGGCUAUUUGGCAAGGAAUUUUGAGCAAUGUUCCAAAAAUUGAGGACACAACCGAUUUCUUCAAAUCAGGGGCUGCGUCUAUGGACGUGGUCAGACUCGUGGAGGAGAUUAAGCAGAAGUGUGCUGGGGUUGAGCUGCAGAACGAGGAUGUAUACAUGGCCACUUCCUUCCAGGACUUCAUUCAGAUGUUUGUCAGGAGGCUGCGGGGGGAGGACCAGGAAGAGGAGCUUAUCAUCGACUAUGCAACGAAAGAUGUCAACAACAUGACCGUCAAGAUGCCUCACCAGUGCUUCAUCAACGGCGCGUUCACCGACGCGGAGAACGGGAAGACCUACAACACUGUCAACCCCACGGACGGCUCGGUGAUCUGCCAGGUGUCGUACUCGUCGGUGGCCGACGUGGACAGGGCGGUGACAGCGGCCAAGGAGGCCUUCGAGAACGGGCCCUGGGGCAAGAUGAACCCCCGGGAUAGAGGAAGACUGCUGUACAGGUUGGCCGACGAGAUGGAGGAGCACCAGGAGGAGCUGGCCACCAUAGAGACCAUGGACUCGGGGGCGGUCUACACGCUGGCCCUGAAGACCCAUGUGGGAAUGUCCAUCCAGACCUUCAGAUACUUUGCUGGCUGGUGCGACAAGAUCCAGGGCACAACGAUACCCAUCAACCAGGCCAGGCCCAACCAUAACCUGACCUUCACGAAGAAGGAGCCCCUCGGGGUGUGUGCCAUCGUUAUCCCCUGGAACUACCCUCUGAUGAUGCUAGCGUGGAAGAGUGCGGCCUGCUUGGCUGCUGGGAACACGCUGGUCCUGAAACCUGCUCAGGUGACCCCACUGACGGCGUUGAAGUUCGCCGAACUGACCGUCAAGGCCGGCAUUCCCAAGGGCGUGAUCAACAUUGUGCCGGGCUCAGGCGGCCUGGUGGGGCAGCGCAUGUCCGACCAUCCCGACAUCCGCAAACUGGGCUUCACCGGCUCCACCCCCAUCGGCAAGCAGAUCAUGAAGAGUUGUGCGGUCAGUAACCUGAAGAAGGUCUCUCUGGAGCUGGGGGGUAAGUCCCCUCUCAUCAUCUUCAGCGACUGCGACAUGGACAAGGCUGUGCGCAUGGGCAUGAGCUCCGUGUACUUCAACAAAGGAGAGAACUGCAUCGCCGCCGGCCGACUGUUUGUGGAGGAGUCCAUUCACGACGAGUACAUCAGCAGAGUGGUGGAGGAGAUCAAGAAGAUGAAGAUCGGCGACCCUCUGGACCGCUCCACGGACCACGGGCCGCAGAACCACAAAGCCCACAUGGACAAGCUGCUGGAGUACUGCGAGAUCGGGAGGAAAGAGGGGGCCACGCUGAUCUACGGGGGACAGCAGGUCGACAGGCCAGGCUUCUUCAUGGAGCCCACUGUGUUCACCGAUGUGGAGGACCACAUGUUCAUCGCCAAAGAGGAGUCAUUCGGGCCGGUCAUGGUCGUAUCGAAGUUCAAAGACGGGGACGUGGACGGCGUCCUGGCCAGGGCGAACGACACGGAGUUCGGCCUGGCGUCGGGCGUGUUCACGCGCGACAUCAGCAAGGCCAUGUACGUGAGCGAGCGGCUGGACGCCGGCACCGUCUUCAUCAACACCUACAACAAGACCGACGUGGCAUCACCCUUCGGCGGCUUCAAGCAGUCUGGCUUCGGCAAGGACCUCGGAGAGGAAGCUCUUCACGAAUACCUCAGGACCAAGGCCGUGACUGUGGAGUACUGAGAGCAGAUCCGUCGGACUCGUUAAUCGAUAUCUCCCGCCGGAGUGAUCGCCGUCAAUCAAACAUUCAAAAUCAGUGUUCACCCCCCUAGCCCUGCACCCACCCGACACCCCUGCCCCCUCCACCCCACCCCACCCCACCGGCUUUGCUCAAAGCAAGCUUGCUGAAAGAUCUCCAAAGAGAGAAGGACUCUUCUGCUGCAACCUCUUGCACGGCUGCACCCACGUGCCUGCAGUUCAUAUGCGUAAGGGAACACAGCCACAACACUGCAGACUGGAGGACCAAACCCAGGAGCGGAUCUCCAAUCACCAGGACCGGACUCAAGCCACAGACGUCAGAACCAAAUAUUGCCGGUACCAUACAGCAGUGCAACUUGAAGAGGUCAAUCACGAGGAAAACCUGUGUCGCAUAAAGUUUGAAAAGGUUGACUGCACAAAAGCCAUUUCCACAUAUAAAUGUAAAAAGUAUAUUUUUACAGCCAUUUUUAAUUUAGAAACACAAAUAAGAUUAUAUUUAUUUGAACUAAAGAGAGUAGGUUUACUUUGAUAUCUCUUCUUGCUAAACGUAAUCCAGUAGGAUUGAAGUCCUUGUCCAAAUUAGCAUGGCGUUCCAGGCUGCUUGGAACUGGACAACAUAUCAAAGUUAGUUUCGAUAUAAAUACUUUAUUUUAAGAGCCCUUUUGUAUGUGUGAGUUGUACAUUGUAUUUGAUAUUGCUGUUUGGAAAUGUCCAUAGCAAACAUUUAAAGAAGAAACAGACGUGUAAUUUUGGGUUAGAAAUCCUUCUGCAUCCAAAAUUUCACACCAGGACUCAGAAACUCUCAUACACUACACAGUGAAGUAUUCCGUCUUAUCUGAAUUUUACAUGUCGUAUUCUGAAAUAUAGAUUUUCCCAAAAGCAGAUAAAAAAUGUUAACGUGCAAAUUAAAUAAAUAAAAAAUAGUAUAGGCGGUCUAGACACCCAGCAUGCACAGCUUUGGACAAACAGGAAAUGUGUCAAUUCUUGUCUCCCAGUCUCAUAAAAUGCUGGUUAUUUCAGCAUCAGCCUAAUGCAGGACUGUAUGCUGAUACAAGAGGACAUUUAUUUUCAUCAAUAAUAAUACAAGCCUGGUUGAAAUAAAGCUGAUAAGUGCCAA